UGUACCUGAAAAGAUUUUAAAACAGAUAUCAAAAUCUGAAGCAAAUAAGUUACACAGCCGAGCUGCAUCUAUGACCUUCAAAAAUAUUGUCGUUUGCAUAAAUGUAUGUAAUUAGAUUAGUAGACAAACUUGUCCAUAUAAAACAAUGAUAUUAAUUUGUGGGCGAAAUAAAGAAUGGCAGUGAUAUUGCAGUGUAUUUAAAACAAUUGACAUGUUGCCUAUUUAUUUUCUUUGAAAGGUUUGUUUGGCACACAAUGUAAAUUAUGUUGUAUCACCUUAUGAAACUGAUGCACAAAUUGCUCACAUGCUUUUAAAUGGCCAUGCAAGUUUUGGGAUCACAGAGGAUUUGGAUUUGUUGGUUUAUCGAUGUAAGAAGGUUUGUAAGAAGGAACCUGGGGAAUUAUACUCUUUAACUCAAUCAAGUAAACAUUACAUAAUUAUUAAUAAUAUGGAACAACUGACAAGGUAGCCUCCAUAAUGCAGGUAUUGUAUUAAGAUUGAGGUUGGCAAAAACUUGGUUUAUUGGAUGACUGCGAACAGCAUUGAACUGAGAGGCACAUUCUCUACACAGUUAGUCAUUUAAAUUCUUCUACACCCCAACCUUGGGCAUACCCGGGGCAAUCACCUCCUAUUCACUAGUUUACUCCCUUUAUGCCUAGGGUGGGGGGGGGGGGGCUGCAGGGGGUUCUGAAUGACUGAUGCAUAAGUUUGUAAGAAGUUACAUGACUGCCUAUUAGGUAAUAGUUAAACUCAAACUAAGUGGAGAUAGUAAAUAUUUCCAACUUGCAGAAAUAUUGGGUGGUUUAAAUGUAAACCAAAAACAGUUUCGGCAAAUGUGUAAUAGCUGCUGGUUGUUGUCUGUUCCCCUGGAGAAUUGCGAGGUUGAUCUUCCUGAAGUGCCUAUGAAAAGCAUUGUUAUUACUCAAGGCUGAGUGAGAAAAUCCUUGAUUCUUAAAGUGUAUAUGCAAUGAAAAUUUCGAUUUUGUGAUUUUGCAUUAUCUGAAAAUUUCAUCUUUUCUGAUCAUUUUAAUACCAAUCUUGUUGAAAACUUCGAACUAGAAGUUUGUGAAUUUUGCGUUUAAAGUUGGGCUAUGAAAAUUUUAGCUGAUGAGCUCCUCUCACACGGCCAAGAGGUCAUGAUGACGUAUGCAGUGUGACACAAUGUGCUCUUCCUAUAUGUAAAUACUAUGAACAAUGUAGUUUCAAUUGCGUUGAAUUGGGAUUUUUUGAUAAUUUAAACAAAAUCCAAAUAAAUCUGCAUUAUGUAGAUGCGAUACAUUGGUUAAUCAAUGCAAUGAUAUUACCAUACAACGAUUUAUUGCUUAUAAGCCGCCGAAAUGCAAAAUCAAUGCUCUAGUAGCAGUAUAGGUUUUGCUUACAGAUUAGAUUAAAUUGACGCUGUUCAGAUGUCGCUAGUUGUGGCAUAUUGUAGAUAUUUCCAUAUAUAUAUAUAUAUAUAUAUAUAGUCCAUUGUAGAUAGUUGGAUAUAGUUAGAAUUUAUACAGUUCGUACAAUGAUAGAAUAGGCGAAAUUAAAUUAAUUAAAGUAAACGAAGUUGACCUCAGAGUAUACCGGAACGCAAUAUACUAUAAACCUAUAAACUACAGAAUAAGUACCUCAGUUCGCACAUCAUAUUUUAAUCACAGAAAGCUCCAGCUUGCUUGUUUAUGCUUUGGCCUUCAGUUGUGUCACAUUUUCAUCCAUUUUCAUUUGCUGAAACAUGCUCUAUCUAUGUCCUGUUUGCACACAAUUUAUUCCUUAUUCACUGGUUGUGGUUAUACUGUGUCAAACAAAAUUCCUUUCUCGCCUUAUCAGUCAAGAAGCUAUGUUUUCACAUAUUAAGACGAUGUGCAUACACACCCUAUAGGAAACUACACCUAUUCAAUGCACGCACGCUACACUUGUAUAAAAAACCCUGCGUUUUGAGAGUAAUUUUCAAUCCAACAAGCAUAUAAAAAAUCCUGUUUUUUGAGAGUACCAUUGUAUUUUCAAUGCGACAAGCAUGUCUUCCAGCACGAAGAGAGUGAAAAGGGGUAAAUAUUGCGUUUGUGGAGGUCCUGGAUUGUGCAGUUGCACAAAUACAUACCACAUUGAAGGGAUAUCAAUGUACAAGUUUCCUGCGAACGAAGAGCAACGAAAAAUAUGGAUAAAAUUUGUACAAAGACAUUGACCGAAUUUUUCUCCAAGCAGUUCAUCUAUAAUAUGUUCGGCACAUUUCGAGAAAUCUUGUUUUGCAACAAGGUAUCACAUUGGGGUACCAGACAAGCUAAAACCAAGGGCAAUAUACCUAAUACAAGGGUCUGUUCCAACCAAGAAUACGGUCAUUCUGGACGAAAUGCCACACACUUCGCGUGCAAAGAGAAGGGUGAGUCGUAUAUUCUAAUUUGCACGUACUGGACACAAAAUUAUAACUGCAAUAGUUUGGCUAUUCAUAUAUAGUUUCUGUUUUCUUGUUUUGCUAGCUAGUAAUUCAUCUUAAUCCUUUGAGAGCUGCACACACAUGUUGCAACAAUAUCGCUUCUUUUGUUCUACAUAGAUAAUACAUCACCAGUAUCAAGUAGCAUGAACCAGGAUAUGGAUGAAUUAUCAAGUUCCGACGAAGCCGUUGCAGUAAGCAAAGUAGAUGAAACAACUUGCAAAAGUUCACCGGUUUUGCAUGUCAAUCAAGGGGAUGAGAGUUUCAUGUCACAGGAUGCUCAGGAAUCCCUUUCUUGUGCCACAUGUGGCCAGGAAAAGGAGAGAAUUAAAUGUUUACAAAAAAUCCGAUCAAAUCAAAAACAGCGACUUUUAGAUAGAAAUAGGCGAAUAACGGGGUUCAAAAAGGAGAAUAUAAACCUCAAAAAGGUAGGUUAGAGAUGCAGGAUUGUGUGGAAGCGGGCAUGUCGCAGUUAUAUUUCAUGUAGGAACAUAUUUUAGGAACAACUAUAUAAGUUAAAUUCACAAAAUAUCAUAUUUCUCAUAUAUUUAUCGUAUUUCUUGUUCUUCUAGAUAAUUGAAUCCCUGCGACAAGAGGUGUCUUCCAGUUCAUCUGGCGACGAGAAUAGCAGUGAGAACGAGAACAAAACGGGUGAAGAUACAGGCAUCUUGGAGGAGGCUUGGAAUGAUGAAGAUGGAUCACUGGGAAACAGUUCGGAAGACGAUUUGACUGAUAAAAUGAAAGAUCCGGACUGGGAUGCCAACAUGGAAGAUGAAGAAAAUGACUCAUCAGAUGAUGACGAGCUCGAUGAAGAAGUACGAGAGAACACAUCACAGGAUGCGAGGUACGUUUUUAUUUCUGUACUCCCACACUGUAUUAAGCUAUACUUACUGAUGAAAGACUCCAGAAAUCUGGAAAAAUACUGAAUUACUAAAAAACAAGUAGUUUAAAAAAUCUACUACUCGUAUUGUCUUUUCUCUUUUAGAUUGGCUGACACAGAGCCAAAAUUCAUAGUGUUCUUCAGUAUGUUGGUUUCACUGUUUUCAUUGUUCUGUUUUGACUGUUUUCAUUGUUCUGCUUUGACUGCAAGGCAGGAUCACCAAGCGUUAAUGUGAAAGUUCGUGGAACAAUGGCAAUAGUGGAACAAACAUGUAAAUCAUGCAAAGGCUCUUAUACGUGGACAAGUCAGCCAUUGGUUUUGGGAAAGUAUCCUGCUGGCAAUAUUUUGCUGAGUUUUGCUAUUCUUAUGUCUGGAUCCUCGAUUAGCAAAGUUCUGCUACACUUUGGGCACCUGGGCCUCAAAAUAUACUGUGCAAGGACCUUUUUUAUCAUCAAAGAAAUGUUCCCUCCUUAAUAAUUCAAUACUGGGAAAAAUCUCGAGCUGCGUUAAUUAAUCAAAGGGAAUAAAGGACAGUGUUUGGGCUGGAGACGGAAGACUUGAUAGCAUGGGCCACAGUGCAAAAUAUGGAUGCUAUACAAUGUUGAAUUGUAACUUGACUAAACUUGUACAUUUUGAGCUACUUCAGGUAGUUUGAAUCAUCCUUUUGAUGCCGUAUCGUAUAUAGAGAAUACAUGGGUGCGCGGAAAUACCAGAUUUUUCUGUGCUGGUGUUGUGUACUCAGGUGAAUAUGAUAUGUUUGUGAUGUUACUCUGAGUGUAUAUCCACACCGGGCAAGCUUGAAAAAUAUGCCCGACCACGGUGGGAAUCGAACCUACGACCUUUGGAAUACUAGCCCAAUGCUCUGCCAACUGAGCUACGCGGUCAGGUAGAAGGAACUAGAUUCUGUUCCGAAAUAUCACUCACUCGAACCGACCUGACCACGUAGCUCAGUUGGCAGAGCAUUGGGCUAGUAUUCCAAAGGUCGUAGGUUCGAUUCCCACCGUGGUCGGGCAUAUUUUUCAAGCUUGCCGGUGUGGAUAUACACUCAGAGUAACAUCACAAACAUAUAAUACCAGAUUUAGCAAACGAGUGAGAUAUCAUGUUCAACACUCGAAAUAAAUCUGGUAUUUCCAAGCACCCAUGUAUUUUUCUGUUUAUUAUAUAAAGGACAGUCUUUCAAAAGUGAUAAUUUUUACAGAAAAGCGACAAUUGAAAAGCAAUAAUUUUCACAUGUGAGAUUAUCAUGAAUAAUCUCACAUGUGAGAUUAUCACUUUUAUAAAGCACUAUACUUUAUAUAAUAAACAAAAAUAAAACAUAAUCCAAAGAUAAGCAUGUUGAUUUACAAAACACAUAAUUUCAAGAUGAUUUGGGAUAACUUAAAUUCCUUAAAACUAAUCGUUAUUUUUUGUCACAUCGUAAGUUCAGUUAUGCUUAUUUUUUAAUUAUGUUUUGUUUUGUAUUGAUUAUGACUGUGUUUUGUGAAACCCACACCCACCUCAUUAUAUUAUUAUUCUACAUCAGGAAAUUUCCUUAUUAAAUGAAACACUGAAUAGCGAAAUUCUGUUUUAUAGGCAAACGAGGUUGGAAGCAGCAAAUGGAAUUGGAAGGUGCCAAACACUUGUUUGACGAGAUAAAAGGCAAGGAGAAGCUUCCAAUUAAGACAUUUGUGUCCGAUCGUGACCGUGGUAUAGGUAAGUGGGUGAGAACCAUGCAAAGAGACACUACUCACUACUACGACAUAUGGCAACAAGCUAAGUCGACUGUGAAGAAGGUUUUGAAAGCAAGCAAGGAGAAAGGCUGCGAGAUACUAGCAGAGUGGGCAAAAUCUAUCGGGAAUAAUUUGCUUUUCUUGGUUAGGGACAUACUGCAGGUCAGUACUGCAAGCCAAUAAAGAAGCUUACAUCUCAUUAGUAUGUUCAACAUAAUUGAUUGGUCAUUGUUUACCUUUAGACACAUCCUAGCAUGCCUGCACUUUAAUGAGAAUGUCCAUAGAGAGACAAAGACCUCUAAGACAGGGACUCCAUAUAUACGGGUAACCUACCCAAAGUUUAAAUUAGGGGAGGAAAUGGUCAGAGAGAUUGCUGUCCCAGCAACAUAUGGUAUGUAAAGUGUUAUGAAUCCUUGUAUAAAUGCUGGUACAUGUAUAUGUAAUAUGUUUUAAUUAGUUUUAUUUAUAACACUUUCUCUAGGUUAUGUAGAUGAAAUGCGCCAAGAACUUCUCUAUAAUUGCAAUAAGGCAGAUCUCAAUAAAACAUAUGACAAUUACAAGGCCAAAGAACCCAAUUCACUGACAAGCCAAUUCUCUGCUGGCAGAACUAAGAACGAGAAAGCUAUUAGAAACCAGGCACAGAGGAAAGGGAAAAAAAAAACAAGUUAUUUCCAUCAGGUAAAUCAUGCUAUAAAUCUGUAA